UCGGCGGUUGGGUGUCGGAGCUGGGGAAAACCGGCUCUCGGUUGAAUUCUCCGUCGUGUUUUCAGUCUUUCCCGCGAUGGCCGGUGCGAACCUCCCGCCGGGGGAAGGAAAUAUACAUUUGUAAAAUUACCAAAAUGCUUGAUCCACAAAAGGUAUUGUCUUGAACCUUACAAUUAGAUACUUCACCAGAAGGCAUAGCAUUUAAACAAAUGGCUUCAGGUGAUAUGAUUCCAGAAAACUUGAAGCAUCAUCAGCUGAAGAACAGGAGGCUUCACUGCAGGACAUUUAGCCAUGAUACUGAAGCAGAUGGAUGUUUUAUUUUUGAAGCAGAUGAAGCUUGGAAGGAAUAUCACCGUGCUCUAUUUCAGUUCUAUGAAGCCAAAGAACUAUGUGAUGUAACGUUGAAGGUGGGGUCCAAGCUUAUCCCAUGCCACAAAUUGGUGCUGGCCUGUGUGAUUCCCUAUUUCAGAGCAAUGUUUCUUUCUGAGAUGGCUGAAGCCAAACAAGAUUUGAUAGAGAUUAAAGAUUUUGAUGGCGAUGCGAUGGAUGACCUUGUCAGAUUCGCAUAUUGCUCCAGGAUUACACUUACUGUAGACAACGUGCAACCUCUUCUCUAUGCUGCUUGCAUUCUGCAGGUAGAACUUGUGGCUAAGGCAUGCUGUGAAUACAUGAAAGCCCAUUUUCACCCAUCAAAUUGCUUAGCAGUCCGAUCUUUUGCUGAAAGUCACAACCGAGUUGACUUGAUGGGCAUGGCAGAUAAAUAUGCCUGUGAGCAUUUUAAUGAAGUAGUAGAAUGUGAAGACUUUGUAAAUGUUUCACCAAAGCAUCUCAUCGCACUUCUUUCAUCCAGUGAUUUGAAUGUGGAAAAAGAAGAGCAAGUAUAUAAUGCUGCUAUGAAGUGGUUGCACUCGAAUCCACAGCAUCAUGCUAAAUGGUUGGAUCAAGUUGUUGCUCAGGUUCGAUUGCCUUUGUUGCCUGUUGAGUUUCUCAUGGGGUUUGUGGCUAAAGAAAACCUAAUCAGACAGAAUCUGAAAUGCAGGGACCUCUUGGAUGAAGCUAGAAACUACCAUCUUCAGUUGAGCAACACGCCAGUACCAGACUUUGAAUAUUCCAUACGCACAACAUCAAGAAAACACACAGCUGGUGUCCUGUUCUGUGUUGGUGGCAGAGGGGGAGCAGGUGACCCAUUCCGUAGCAUCGAGUGUUACUCGAUUAGCAAAAACAGCUGGUUCUUUGCGCCAGAAAUGAACAGCCGGCGACGACAUGUUGGAGUAAUCUCAGUGGAUGGGAAAGUUUAUGCUGUUGGAGGGCAUGAUGGAAAUGAGCAUUUAGGCAGCAUGGAAGUAUUUGAUCCACUGACAAAUAAAUGGAUGAUGAAAGCCUCCAUGAACACUAAAAGGAGAGGUAUUUCUCUGGCUUCCCUUGGGGGUCCAAUUUAUGCCAUUGGAGGUCUAGAUGACCAUACAUGCUUUAGUGAUGUUGAGAGAUAUGACAUAGACUCUGACCUGUGGAGCACCGUGGCAGCAAUGAACACACCAAGGGGUGGUGUGGGUUCAGUUGCACUCAGAAACCAUGUGUACGCUGUUGGUGGGAACGAUGGCAUGGUAUCUUUGUCUAGCGUUGAAAGAUAUGAUCCCUACUUGGAUAAAUGGAUUGAAAUGAAGGACAUGGGACAAAGAAGAGCUGGAAAUGGAGUUGGUGAAUUAAACGGUUGCUUAUACAUAGUAGGUGGCUUUGAUGAUAACUCUCCACUCAGCUCAGUGGAACGAUUUGACCCACGUACAAAUAAGUGGGAGUAUGUGGCAGAGCUUACGACACCCCGUGGUGGUGUUGGGGUUGCGACUCUAAUGGGUAAAAUCUUUGCGGUUGGUGGGCACAAUGGAAAUAUUUAUCUGAAUACAGUGGAAGCUUAUGAUCCAGUGAUGAACAGGUGGGAGUUAGUUGGAUCCAUUUCACACUGCAGGGCUGGAGCUGGAGUCGCUGUGUGUGCCUGUCUGGUCAGCCAAAUUAGAGAUGUGGGCCAUGGGUCCAGCAAUGUUGUUGACUGCAUGUGACAUUUAUAAAUGUCGUGGAAUACAAUCGAGAAAAUAAUCUUAGAAGAAUGUUUCCAUUCUGGUCAAUCAGUUAUUACAGAAUGAAAGCAAAGGCAGGGAGAAUUGAUCAUGUGCCCUGUAAUUGUUUUGUUUGGUAUAUAAAAUGCAUGGCAUUUUCUUACAGGUAGAUUUUAUUUGUCAGAAUGAUUCUAGGUGGUGAUAGUAUCCUGUUGGCCUUCAACUCCCAUUUCAUUUGCAUUGCUGUUCCUUUGGAACUGUUUAAGGCAGGAUUGAAUGCACUAUGCAUUCACUUUGUGAAUUGAAUUUCUCAUUAUAAAUCUAAGAUUGAGCUCUGCGAUAUUGGCUGUGGACGAAUAAAUCUUAUUUUAUUAUACCUUUGUAAUAUGAUAGCAGAAUGAGAUGCUGAAGAAAAACAAGCUUCGUGGCAGUUUUAAAAUGUGACCUGUCAAAAGCAUAAAUGUUGUAGAUUUUUUUCACAUUGAAAAAUGGGUUGGUUCUAAAAUCUCUCUUUAAAGGAAUACUAAAUGUAUUCCUGUCCCAGUUUUAAGCCAUUUGUGGUAAGUGUGUGGCCUUGUUUUUUUCUGCAAAUCUUUUAAGCUACAUAUAAUUACCCAUGUUUUCAAUGAGAAAUUUGAUAAGCAAUAAUUAUUGUUUUGUGGAGUUAAAUGCAAUUGUCCACUACUUGUUUAAUGGCCAAACUGCCUGUAUCCUCAUCAGUGAUUUGCACCUCUGCACAAAUUGAAAGCAAUAGCAAUUUCAAAAUUAGACAUGUCUGGGGAGUCAGAAAGUGGAGUAAGAUUUUCAAUAGUGGUGCUAUUUAAAUAUUGCAUAAGUUGACAUUCCUACAUGCUAUGUAUUAGCUCUGAAUGUUUACUUUGGUGUAUUUCUCCUUGCAGUUUUAUUUUCUUAAAAGAGAGUUAUUAUGGAUUUUUGAGAAUGAAUGAAGCAAAGGAAUAAUACACUUCUCUUUAAAUUUGGAAAAACUGAGUGUUUCUCUAUUUUUGCACAUUAAGCCCUAAUUACAGCCAGGUUCCUCAUGGAAUGUGCUUCCCCAAACAGAGACUUUAACACACCAGGAUAAUUUCAGCCCUGGCUUCAUCUAUGGUAACAUACAAAUAAGUAUUGACCUCUUUGUUGAAGAAUUGUCAGUCAGACAGAGGGACAGAAAUAAACCUCCGUUUUGACUGGGGAAGAGAUGGGAGAAAACAAAUACAUACAGAACAGUAAUCUACCAAAUUAUUUUUGAGAGAAUCCAGUCUGGUAGCAGUAAGAAAUGUGUUGGCAUUCAGAGUAUUUCAAGCUGUAGUUUACAAUCAUCAUGAGAGGUAGCACACACAAACAAUAUAUUUUUGCGAAUGCUUCAGGCUAAGUAACAAAUUCUGUUGUACUAAGCUGGUAAAUAAAAUGUCAACAAGGCAAAUUCACUUGUCCUUAUUUAACCCUUAAGCAUAUUUAAGUAAUGCACUGUUUUGAAAACAUUGUUCAGAAAGAUUUUAUAAACUGAUCUAAAAUUAGUAGUCUUUAACAUUCUUAGCAAAUAUUUUUCCAUUGAAGUAGGUUCAUUGUUAUAAUUGAAAGCAUGAAUGUUGUUUAAAAACUAAAUUAAAAAUCCAAAAUAUUAUGUUCGUUUGAAUUAAGUUAUUUUGUGACUUUUUGCUUUAUUGAUUGUCACUUAUGAAUUAUUUGGAGUGGUUGAGUUAUGACAUUUCAAACGCAAUAAAGUUUAACUUUUUAUUGGCAGUGCUGAGUAACAUUGAAGACUUUUGUAGCUUGAGGAAAAGUUUUUUGUUGAGUCUCUAUCUUUGUAUGCAAUAAGAUUUGUAACUUGUUAUAAUUGAGGCAUUGAUAUUGUCUUUAUUAUAUAUUACUUGUAUAAUAUAUUAAAA